AUGGCGGCGGCUUUUAUGGAGCUAGCACUCGAGCAGGCAAAGUUUGCGCUGGAUAACCUCGAGGUCCCUGUUGGGUGUGUGAUUGUGGAGGACGGGAAAGUGAUUUCCUCUGGUAGCAACAAGACGAAUGCCACCCGAAAUGCUACCAGACAUGCUGAGAUGGAAGCUAUCGAUGUCCUGCUUCGGGAGUGGCAAAGCAUGGGUCUUGAUCAGCCACAGCCCCAAGGCCUCACAGACCAGUACGAAUGCCUCAACAAUGAUUGGUUUGUUUACCUGGACUACAAUCAUAACGCAAAAACCUCAGGAGUCAGGAGUGCAGACAUACAAACUUGA